AUGCCUAAGGCUGGCAAACCCGAUACCCGUCGCCCGCUUCCCCGACGAAUUCCCGCGGAAGAAAAGCGCAACGAGUAUCGAAAGGAAGUGCUGUGCUUACCCGGACCAAUCGAACUUUGGCUGGCCGAGGCCAUUGUCCAUGAGCCUGACAAUACAUGUUCGCAUUCAUAUCCUGAACACCCGGAUGAAGUCUGGUGCUUCGUGGAAAUGCAACAUUUCAAGGCGCCAGACAGCGACAACAAUUUCUGCGAUGGCGACACCUAUAUUCUAUAUUUUACCUAUUCCGGCCCCAGGGAGUCCAGCGGUCCCUUGAUCCUUGAUAAAUAUGAGGGGUGGUCUGAAAGCCUCGAUGCACCCAACUGGUCAAGGUGGCCUGAGGGGCACAGAUUCAGCAUUCGCCAGCACAUAUCAAAGGUACCUCUAUGUAUUCGUGCAGUGCUGUGGGCUGACAGGAUAUCGUCGGUGGUGAACAAGGUGGAAACGAUUCGGCUCGACCAUCUGGAGGUAACAUAG